AGAGUUACAAAGAGAGAAAGAAACGAAGGGAGGCGGCGACUGGUUUUGCUGAACCAUUUUCGUCUUUUGAGUUUGAGAGUUUUGGAGCUCGCGGUCUGAGCUAGACGGCGGCGCAGCUCGCUCUCUCUCUCUCAAGAAACCCUAUAAACCUUUAUAUAGAGAUUCAUUACGAUUCUUACCUAAGAGCUCUCUGCAUUCAUUUUCAAAGCAGAGAAAAUUGCUCUUUGAUUCAAUUUGUCGAAAUAACUAGCUUUGAGAUACUAGAUCCAUUGAGAUUAUUCUGACAAUGGAGAUAGCAUUGCAAUAUUGUGGAGCUAAAACUCCCUGCUCAUUAUCUUCGAGGAGGCUUUUCCAAAACCAGUCUUCCUUGUCUCAGCGGCUUCGUUUUGCAUCUUCCGUGUCUUCCAGCUCUGAGGGGUUGUAUUCAAGUGUGAAGGUGAAACAAUUGUCUUGUGGAAGUAAAAUUUUGAGCGUCAGUUGUGAAAGAAGUGUAGUUGAUGUGCUCGAAAAAACUCAAUUAGAGAAUCUGAGUCUUGGCGAAAAUGACAAACAAUUGUCUUGUGUCAUGAAGUUUGGAGGCUCAUCUGUUGCCUCUGCUGAGAGAAUGAGAGAGGUUGCUGAUCUUAUUCUCAGUUUCCCGGAGGAGAGACCUGUGAUCGUUCUCUCUGCAAUGGGGAAGACUACUAACAAACUUUUACUGGCUGGAGAAACAGCUGUCAGUUGUGGUGUUGCUAACGUUUCCAGUAUUGAAGAGUUGAGUUUCAUUCAAGAAUUGCAUCACAGGACUGUGGAUGAGCUUGGUAUAGAUAGGUCUGUCAUAGCAAGUUACCUGGAAGAAUUGGAACAACUUCUGAAGGGGAUUGCUAUGAUGAAGGAGUUAACGCUGCGAACAAAAGAUUAUUUGGUCUCAUUUGGGGAGUGCAUGUCAACAAGGAUUUUUGCAGCUUACUUAAAUAAAAUUGGUGUUAAGGCCCGCCAAUAUGAUGCUUUUGAAAUUGGUUUUAUAACCACAGAUGACUUCACAAAUGCGGAUAUUAUGGAGGCCACGUAUCCAGCCCUUAAGAAAAGGUUACAUAGUGAUUGGAUAAGUGAUCCUGCAAUCCCAAUUGUUACUGGCUUCCUUGGGAAGGGAUGGAGGUCUUGUGCAGUGACUACAUUGGGUAGAGGUGGUAGUGAUUUGACAGCAACAACCAUUGGUAAAGCAUUAGGGUUGCGAGAAAUUCAGGUGUGGAAGGAUGUUGAUGGUGUUUUAACCUGUGACCCUAACAUAUACCCGCAUGCAGAACCUGUCCCCUAUUUGACAUUUGAUGAGGCUGCUGAACUUGCAUAUUUUGGUGCUCAGGUCUUGCAUCCACAGUCCAUGAGACCAGCUAGAGAGGGCGAUGUUCCUGUUAGAGUUAAAAAUUCUUAUAACCCUAAAGCUCCAGGCACUCUCAUCACCCGGAAUAGAGAUAUGACUAAGGCUGUACUUACUAGCAUUGUCUUGAAGCGGAAUGUUACCAUGUUAGAUAUUGCCAGCACUCGCAUGCUUGGUCAAUAUGGUUUCCUUGCUAAAGUGUUUUCAAUUUUUGAAGAUUUGGGCAUAUCCGUAGAUGUUGUAGCUACUAGUGAAGUCAGUAUAUCUUUAACAUUGGAUCCUUCUAAGCUUUGGAGCAGAGAGCUAAUUCAACAGGCAAGCGAACUUGACCACGUUGUGGAAGAGCUUGAGAAGAUUGCUGUCGUCAAACUUCUUCAGCACAGAUCGAUCAUUUCUCUAAUUGGAAAUGUUCAGAGGUCAUCCUUAAUACUAGAAAAGGCAUUUCGUGUUCUUCGAACUAACGGGGUCAAUGUUCAGAUGAUCUCGCAGGGUGCAUCUAAGGUUAAUAUCUCGUUGAUCGUAAAUGACGAUGAAGCAGAGCAGUGUGUUAGAGCUCUCCACCAGGCUUUCUUUGAGAGCAAUAUCUCUGAAAUGUCUAAUAAAUCAUAAAAAUUGUGACAAGGGCAUUUCAUAAACAAUAUAUGUUGUCUUGAAACUAAAUAGCUUGAAGAUGAUCAAUUGUUGUUGUUCAUUAGCUUUGUGUCAGUGCUCCUUUCCCAUAUUAGGGGUUUAGGAUAUAAGAGGUGUUGUUGCCAAUGUUAGAACUUAACUUAGAAUCUUGUAUUGGAUUAUUAGACAUUUGUUUGUCAUCUAUUAUAUGUUAAACAACCUAAUUUUUAAUA